UAAGGUAACCUUACUAUAGAAAUCAUACCGAAAAAAUCUGUAACCAUUUUGAUUAUUUUAUUACCCCGGAACACACUACAUACAUAUGUUAAAUAAUAAAAUCAGAAACAGAAAAUGUUCUGUCCAUGUUAACCUUUUCAUCUCAACUGCUAUUAACAGCGCUUACGAAAUUUUCUGUUAAUCGAUUUAAAGCUGAAGCCCAACGGACUGAUGAGCAAAUGUGACACAAUAUCAUGUUCAGCUCUUGAGUGGAGCGAAAAUGCAGUGCAUUGGUAUGCGACAAACAAAAAAUUGAUAAUAAGGAACAAAUUCAGGCAGUCUUGACACUUGACUGACAUAAGCAUGAACGACACACCUGGAAUACAAACUGAAAUUUAACAUUUGUUUAUUUAUUAUAAAGAAAUUGAGAAAGCGUAGAAAAUAUCCGAUUAUUCAAUUCAUUAUACAUGUCCAACUAUAUGAGACCUAAUCCAAUUUCGGCAUACAAGAUGACAAAGACAAUAGACAGUAAAUUGCAGCGUGGUGCUCGCGCGGAGGACGCGAUUCCGGAACUGGACGAGGAUGAGGUAGCAUUGGUGGCCGAGACAUUCGGCAAGGUGCAGCUGUACCUGCGAUCCGACACAAACAGGGGCUACGUCAAGCUGAACGCGCCUGGCCUCUACAGCUUUCGGCUGCCCGAAUACCCCGACGGUAAUCCAGAGAGCGUCACACACAACGAGAAUGAAGAUGCAAGACUAACUGACAGCUGGACAAAUGAGAGCAUGGAGGAGAUCAAUAUGGUGAAGCAGGAGGACGAGCCGCUGCUCGGCUGCAUCCAGCGCGACGAAGUGACCGGCGAGUUUUAUAUACUAACGCCCCUCGAGAUUGACGUGCUGCUGCAAUCCGACCUGCCAGCCGAUGCCUGCGAGCAGACACCGGAGCUGCCCCUGGUUGCCAGCGACUCCACAACGACCAUUACCGACCUGGACGCUGACGUCAAGGAUGCGUCGCAAACGACACUGACAGAUAAUACACAGCCAGCAAUGCCACAGGAAUCGGACGACGCUGAUACGGGUAUACUCUGCGAAUAUGAGGUAUGCCGAUUUGUCGUGCCGCAGCUAAGCCUCAAUUUCAAGCUAACACUGCAUGUUGGCGAGCCAGAUGAGGAUGACGCCGACACACACGAUGAGGAGGACGUUAAAGAUGACGACGAUGGCAAUGAGAAUGAGGAUGAGGAUGACUAUAAGGACUGUCAGGAGGAGGGCGAUGAUUACGAUGAUAACGGCCAACGAAAUGCCAACGUCAAAUUCGCCCCCAGCUCCGUCCUAGGGUCAAAGUCAAUGUCCCAUAUUUCAUUGUAGCUAGAACUACAACAACAACAACAACACACGCAGGAGAAGAGAACACAACACACUAACCCCAACCUUAUCGCAAAGCAGCUCCACGUAACGCUAACCAAGCCUGUAUCGAUAGCCCCAAUCCUGAACUACAAUUGUGCUGGUUCUAAUUGAUAAAUUUAGUGUUCUGGGUACAAGAGUUUCCUGCUCGUACUCAACACCACCGUA